CGACAGUUUGGUUCGCAGAGAGCGGAAGUUCUUGGGGGUCAACGUCGCACUUGCGCAGUUCCGCUCAAUCCCUAGCUAAACCCCUCCUGCCCGCCACCAUGCGCCGCCCACCACGGCUCCGAGCAGCCUCCUCGCCCUCGCUCGCAUGGCGUUCCCUCUGCGCCACCGCCAUUCCCAUUCCCGCCGCGCCGCCCCACCAAACCGAUCCCCUGUCUGCCCACUUCUCCAACCGCCCGGCCGCGCGCGACCCCGCCGUCGUGGAGAACCUCACCUCCACCCUCCGCGCGCUCUUCGCCUCAUCCCCGUCCCACCCGCGUGCCUUCACCCUCCUCAAGUCGGCCGCCUUCGACGCGGGUCUCGCCCCGGGCGCCCUCGUCGACGCCGUCCUCUCAGCCGCGGCCGGCCCUCACUCCGGCUCCCCCGUCGCAGCCGUUCACGUGUCCCUCCUCAGCCGCCUCCUCACCUCCCUCUCCCGCGCCGGCCGCGCCAGCGCGGCCGCCGACGCGUACGCCCACAUGGUCGCCCGCGGCGUUGUCCCGGAUGUCAAGUCCCGCACCGACCUGCUCGUCACCACCGCGCGCUGCUCGUCGGCCCGGGACGCGCUUGCGCUCUUCGCGGAGAUGCGGGGGAGGGGCGACCGCGUGGACGCAUGGAUGUUCGAUGCGCUCAUGCGGGCCUGCGUCAAGGAAGGGAUGCUCGAGGAUGCUGUCAGGCUGUUUGAUGAAAUGCCCGGCGCUGAGAUCGAGCCCGACCAGCGCGUCUACGCUCUUGUGAUCGCGGCACUGUGCAAACUGCGUGAUGCUGACCGCGGGCUCCUCCUCCUUGGGGAGAUGAAGGAGGCUGGCUUCGAGACGUGGGACUUCACCUACAGGUCUCUGGUGGAUGUGCUUGUCAAGGUGGGGAGGAUGGAGGAGGCUCUGCGGGUCAAGGACGAGAUGCUGUCUGCUGGCAAGAAAAUGGAUGUCGUUCUCGCGACGAUUUUGAUGCAUGGGUAUUGCUUGCGAGGCGAGGUCGAGAAAGCUCUGGAUCUUUUCGACGAGACCCUGGCGAAUGGUAUAUUGCCAACUAAUGUGACGUAUGGGACGCUUAUAAGAGGCUGUGAUCAAGCUGGGAUGACACAGAAGGUGUAUGUGCUAUAUCGCCAGAUGAGAGGGCAAGGGCUGUUGCCAAGUUCACACGAGUUCAGUUUGGUUAUCAAGGGCCUGUUGUGCGAUAAACGGUGGGCAGAUGCUGUAAGCUUGUGUCUGGAGAUGGCUGAUUCUAGGCUACCGGAUGUCUUCACGUACAAUGGUCUAAUUCAUUGGCUCUGCCAGCAACACAAGCUCCGCGAAGCACUUAACUUGUUUGGUAAGAUGAAGGAAACUGGAGUGAAACCAUCUGUUGUGACAUACAACAGCUUGUUAAUGGGUUACUGUGAGAAGGGGCGCAUGGAUGAAGCAGUCAAACUGUACUCAGAGAUGCCUGUGGAAGGAUUUGUACCUAAUGUUUUCACGUACACAUUUUUGAUGAAAGGGUAUAUCAAGAAGAAGGCUUUUGACAAGGCAUAUGCCCUCCUUGAUGAAAUGAAACAAAAUGGAGUUUCUUGCAAUGAGUAUACACAUAAUGUUCUCAUAAAUGGCAUUUGCAUGAGUGACCGGAUUUAUGAAGUUGAUGAAAUUUUGAAGAACUUCAUAGGUGAAGGUUUUGUCCCGACCACAAUGACAUACAACAGUAUCAUCAAUGGAUUUGUGAAAGCUGGUAUGAUGGGCUCAGCAUUUGCUAUGUAUCAGCAGAUGCGUGAGAAAGGUAUACCCGCCAACAUAGUAACAUAUACCAGUUUCAUUGACGGUUACUGCAGGACCAGUUGUUGUGAUCUGGCACUUAAAAUGCUAAAUAAUGUGAGGCGCAAAGGCCUUCAACCUGACAUUGCUGCAUACAAUGCUUUAAUAAGUGGGUUUUGCCAUGAAGGGAAUAUGUCUCAUGCACUGCAAUUUCUUGUUAUUCUGCUGAAAGAUGGUCUAACACCCACAUCUGCCGUCUACACUAAUUUUAUUACCGGGUACAAGGAUUUGAAAAUGAUGAAAGAAGCUUCCAAAUUCUAUGAGAGCAUGAUUAAAGAAGGAAUUGCUGCUGAUACAGUAACAUACACUACCUUAAUCGACGGUUUCUCAAAAGAUGGCAAUGUAGCCUUUGCAUUGGAAUUGUACUCAGAGAUGAUGGCCAAGGGUAACAUUCCCGAUAGUAUCACUUUCACAGCGUUAACACAUGGCCUUUGCCGCAUUGGAGACAUUGAUGGUGCCAAGAAGUUAUUGGAUGACAUGAAGAGGUUGGAUAUACGCCCUAAUGCUCUUAUUUAUAACAUGCUGAUAAAUGGAAGCCUCCGUGAUGGUAAGCUGCAAGAAGCAUUCCAGUUGCAUGAUGAAAUGCUCAACAGGGGAAUUGUUCCUGAUGAUACAACAUCUGACAUAUUGGCUGGCCAGAGAUCUCCGGAAGGUGACAGUUGUGUUGAUGUAGAGAGUCCUAUUUAAAAUUUCUGCCAGUUAAGAGAAUCUUGGCUUAAGAAGAUUGAAGGUUCCAUUGCAUGACAACAUCGGGAAACUGUUAAAUAAAGUAAAACCUUAACAGGCCAGAUGGAAGCAAACGUAAGCAUUGGGAUUUGAGUAUGAGAUGUAUUUGUUGUGUAUCUGUUUUUUUAUAGACGAAGCCCCGCUUUUCAUCAAAGUAUAAGAGCUUGAUACAGGAAGAAUCUACUAGCAUGUAGGAGGGCGGAACAUCUAACUGAAUCAAAACCACUACCACCACCAACUAUAUUGUGUAGCUUAAUUUUGAUAUCUGCAUUGUUCCUGAUGCUUUGUGAUUAUUCUACUCUAUCCUUUAAGCUUUUCUGUCGAAUAUAGCAAAACCUUGAGGCUUUGCCGUUGUCUUUAA